CUCUGAGGAGGAGGAAGAAGGGGAGGAAGAGGAGGAAGAGGAGGGCGGCGGCCUGACAGGGAUGUUCUCCAAGAAGCCGCACGGAGACGUGAGGAAAUCCACGCAGAAGGUGCUAGACACUAAGAAGGACGCGCUGACCCGCCUCAAGCACCUGCGCGUCGUGAUCGAGAAUGCCGAGUCUAUUGACCUUAAGCAGUUUUUUGACCAACAUUUUUCACAUAUAUAUUAUGUUUUCUUCGAAAAUUUCGUGACCAUUGAAGUUAGCCUCAAACAGAAAGGUCACAAGUCCCAGAGGGAAGAAUUAGAUGCUAUUCUUUUUAUUUUUGAGAAAAUUUUACAGCUUCUUCCAGAAAGGAUUCAUCAGCGAUGGCAGUUUCACAGUAUUGGAUUGAUAUUAAAGAAACUCCUUCACACAGGAAACUCCUUAAAGAUCCGGCGAGAAGGUGUUCGCCUCUUCCUUUUAUGGUUGCAAGCACUUCAAAAUAACUGUAGUAAAGAACAGCUGUGGAUGUUUUCUUGUUUAAUUCCUGGAUUUUCAGCACCGCAAUCUGAAUAUGGACCUCGGACUCUAGAUAAUCUCAUUAACCCCCCACUUAACCUUCAAGAAACCCAAGUUACCCUAGAGGAAAUCACUCCUCUUGUCCCUCCACAAUCAGGAGAUAAAGGACAAGAAGAUCUUACAAGCUACUUUCUAGAAGCACUUUUGAAAUACAUAGUAAUUCAGGUAAAAAGUUUGGAGUGGAAGAACAAAGAAAAUCAAGAAAAGGGAUUUUCAUUCUUAUUUUCACAUUUUAAGAAAUAUUACUUGCCUUACAUCUUUCCAAACAUCUGCAAGGAAUAUAGCUUGUAUCACCCUGUACUUGAUAUCCCCCAGACGAGACCAAAGCCUCAUUAUGUGAUGAUAAAGAAGGAUGCUGAAACCAAUGAAGCAAUCUAUUGCACCAAGGAGCCGUUCCUCAAGGCACGCGUUAUUGUCAUUCGCUGGUUGGUGUCAUUUUGGCUUGAGCCAAAACCUCAUGCGGGACCUCAUAUUCCUGGAAUGGAAGGGGAAGUUGUGCCAAAGAAUAUUCAGAGAGCAGCUGCUAGCCUGGCUUCGAGGGAAGAAAAUAAAAACGAGAGCGCCGACAGGACAGACAGAGCCGCAGAGCCGGAGCAGUGCCAUUCCAACACCAGCACUCUCACCGAGCGGGAACCAAGUUCGUCUAGUCUCUGCAGUAUUGACGAAGAGCACCUCACAGACAUCGAAAUCGUGCGCAAGGUCUUUUCUUCCAAAAGAAGCAACGUUAACUUCCUCACGGAGAUCUUUCGGCAGGCAUUUUUAUUGCCAAUUUGCGAAGCAGCCGCCAUGAGAAAAGUGGUGAAAGUAUAUCAGGAAUGGAUCCAGCAGGAGGAGAAACCGUUGUUCAUGAAAGAACCCGAAGAAUGUCUGAUCAUUUCUGCAAAUCUAGCUUGCAUUGAGAGUGCUGCAGAACAUGCUAUUCCUGCAGAGGAGGGAAAAGAAAGAGAGGAGGAAAAACUGACCAAAACCUCUGGUCACAGCCGAAACACCAAUAGAGCCAAAAUGGGCUCUUACCAAGACCCUCUUUACGAAGCCCCUGAAGUUGACAUCACAGAGCAAAAUACUCGAGCGGGUGUCCAGGCGGUAUUGCAGGUUUUUAUAGUAAACUCAUCAAAUAUUUUCCUUCUUGAACCUGCCAAUGAAAUUAAGAGCCUCUUGGAUGAACACACCGAUAUGUGUAAACGUAUUCUUAAUAUCUAUCGAUUCAUGGUGGUACAAGUAACAAUGGACAAGAAGACUUGGGAACAGAUGUUGCUUGUGCUCCUCAGGGUGACCGAAUCUGUCCUGAAGAUCCCGUCGCAGGCUUUUCUGCAGUUUCAAGGAAAGAAGAAUAUGACCCUAGCAGGGCGACUUGCAGGACCCCUUUUCCAGACUCUUAUAGUAGCCUGGAUCAAAGCAAAUCUAAAUGUGUACAUCUCCCGAGAGUUGUGGGAUGACUUGCUGUCGGUGAUGUCUUCACUGACUUAUUGGGAAGAGUUGGCUACGGAGUGGUCCCUGACUAUGGAGACACUAACUAAAGUAUUAGCUAGAAACUUAUACAGCCUGGAUCUCAGUGAUUUACCGCUGGAUAAACUGAGUGAGCAGAAACAGAAAAAACACAAAGGCAAAGGAGUCGGGCACGAGUUCCAGAAGGCAUCUGUUGACAAGUCAUUUUCCCGAGGAUGGAGCCGUGAUCAGCCUGGGCAGGCCCCGAUGAGGCAGCGGAGUGCAACAACCACGGGAUCUCCAGGGACCGAAAAGGCAAGAAGCCUAGUGCGGCAGAAAACCGUCGCCAUGAGAAGCCGAUCCAUUGGUGAAUGUGCUCUGCCAUCGGCCUAUAUACGCAGUGCUAAAAGUGCUCCUGUUCUGAUCCAUACUUCCAAACCCUUCUUGCCUGAUAUUGUUCUCACUCCCCUUUCUGAUGAGCUUUCAGACAUCGACGAUGCGCAGAUACUUCCCCGCACAACUAGAGUCAGACAUUUCUCCCAAAGCGAAGAGCCCGGAAAUGAAGUGUUCGGGGCCCUGAGCGAGGAGCAGCCUCUGCCGCGAAGUAGCAGCACGUCUGAUAUCCUGGAGCCAUUCACAGUUGAACGAGCCAAAGGUGCAGUUCCUGUCAUUGACUCUCCACCCCGCCAGGCUCCAAGCUUGCAGAGCUCCACAGAGGCCUCUUCAAUAACUAGAUCCACUGAGAGCCACAUGACCAACCCUAAUAGCAGAGAGUCCUCUUUGGAAGUUGGUGAUAGCAUUUACGAUCAUCUCUGUCAUUUAAUAGGUUCGGUAGAACUCGCAGACACAGCCACUGAACACAUCCAGUACAUUGACCUUGAAGGAGAUGACGAUCUUCUUUCCUCUCUGAAAGAGUAUCUUAAGGAAAACCAGGAACAUCACAGUAACUCUGAGCCAGGUAGACAGACGAUCGCUCAGGAGAAGGUGGCCUCAGUAAAUAGGGAUGAGAAGUUAUCGGUGGAUAAAGUAGACUAUGUAGAUGAGGCAGCGCCUUCAGAGAGUCACCCCCUUGUCGGAACCGCUGCCGAGAAGGUAGACCUUCAACUAGCCCAGAACCUAAGCCACAUCGCCCCCGGUCAGUCAGACGGGUGGGCGAGAACUCGGGCUUCCGACCCGUCCAAGCCGUCCAACACUGAUAAGCAAUCAUCCGACCCCGGAGCAAGUAGCCCUCAUGACAACGAAAGAAAGCGCUAUCUGUACCGCCAAACAGCCACAGAAGUAGAUGUAGGCGUGGAAGUCGCGUUAGCCGAAAAUCCUAAAGGUGAAAAACUCAGUGGCCCGAGUGGUUUGCAUGGAAAGAAAGGCCCACCAAAAGCAUCAGUUAGCCACGAAACGCCUCCCACCGCAGGCAGCGGCAAACUCUCGCCAACCAAAAGGAGUUUGUCCGAAACGGUAACGCACAGAGCCAAAAUCAUGAAAAUCGCCACUAAGAAACGAAAUAGCGUCCACGUGACGUUUAGGCCUUCCACCGAAUGCGUUCAGUUUUACAACCCUCUAGAGAACAAAGAGGCCCCGUGGAAGGCGAGACUGCGUAAGCUAGGUGGCUUCAGUAGUGGUAGCGGCAGCAGCGGUAACGCCUCCGCCGGCCCCAACGCCGUCGCGGAGGUAGUCAGGCCUGGAGCGUAUAGACCGCUCGAUGCAGGCAGUGCAGCAUCGGUAAAUAGUAAAGCCGUUAAGGAAUCGACCGAGGCUCCGGCGGGCGCGUGGCACAGAGCCGGUGGCGCAGGAAAUCAGCUGAGUAGCCGUAGCGCGCUGAGGUCGUCCAGUCACGAGUCAGGACUGCAGCAGGGCUCCCUGGGUGGCGUUUAUAAAACUGUUGUACAUGCUCUUUCGAAGCCGAAGGCAAAUGUUUCCCCACAGAGGCAGAACAGAAUGCCACCAGAGGCUCCACUGAGGGAUCUGUACAGUCAUGUAAUGGGCUAUUUUGGAAGGAAAGCUGCAGCCAAUAAAGAGGACAUGAGUCAAAAGCUACACCCUCUUAAUAGUGAUAUUGGCAGUAGCAGCACAAAUGUUCCUGACUUGAUGGAUGAGUUUAUAGCUGAGAGACUCCGCAGUGGUAGUGCAUUGAAUGUGACAAGAAGGGGGAGCAGCCCGGGGAGCCUGGAAGUGCCCAACGACCUUCCUGAUGUCCUGAACAAGCAGCACUCAAUGCGCCCUAUUGAUGACCCAGGGGUGCCCUCAGAGUGGACCUCUCCUGCCAGCGCGGGGAGCAGCGACCUGAUCAGCUCCGAUAGCCAUUCAGACUCCUUCGGUGCCUUCCAAUACGACGGCCGGAAGUUCGACAAUUUUGGUUUUGGGACUGAGGCCGGGACACCAGCUUCCACGGAGACGGAUGCGGAUUUGGCCCGCCUGCAGAGUGCGGAUGAACAGGAGGUGGCUAGUUUAACGACGCUCCACAUUGAUUCGGAAACGAGCAGUCUCAACCAACAGCCCCUCUCUGCCGAGGUUGCAACAAUCACUGGAUCCGAAAGUGCAUCGCCAAUCCAUUCUGCUCUGGGAUCCCGAUCACAAACACCCUCCCCUGCGACCCUGAACAUAGAUCAAAUUGAACAGAAGGACCUACAACUGGAUGAGAAGCUCCAUCACUCUGUAUUGCAGACGCCGGAUGAUCUAGAGACCAGUGAAUUUCCAUCUGAAUGUUGCAGUGUGAUGGCAGGGGGGACCCUUACAGGAUGGCAUGCAGAUGUUGCUACUGUAAUGUGGCGAAGAAUGUUGGGAAUUUUGGGUGAUGUCAACACUAUCAUGGAUCCUGAGAUCCACGCUCAAGUUUUUGAUUACCUGUGUGAACUUUGGCAGAAUCUGGCCAAGAUUCGAGAUAACCUUGGUAUUUCAACUGAUAACCUGACCUCCCCGUCUCCCCCUAUUCUAAUUCCUCCGUUGCGGAUCCUUACCCCUUGGCUUUUCAAGGCAACCAUGUUGACUGAUAAAUAUAAACAAGGAAAGCUGCAUGCUUAUAAACUUAUUUGCAACACAAUGAAAAGAAGACAAGAUGUUUCUCCGAACAAAGAUUUUUUGACACACUUCUAUAAUAUAAUGCAUUGUGGACUUCUUCAUGUUGACCAGGAUAUUGUCAAUACAAUCAUCAAACACUGCUCGCCUCAGUUUUUUUCACUUGGCUUACCUGGGGCCACCAUGCUUAUUAUGGAUUUCAUCGUAGCCGCUGGUAGAGUGGCUUCUUCCGCUUUCCUCAAUGCACCAAGAGUUGAAGCACAGGUUCUCCUGGGAUCUCUGGUCUGCUUUCCGAACUUGUAUUGUGAGCUGCCAGCUCUUCACCCCAACAUGCCUGAUAUUGCUCUAUCUCAGUUCACAGAUGUUAAGGAACUCAUAAUUAAAACGGUGUUAAGUUCUGCAAAAGAUGAACCCUCUGGUCCUGCAAGAUGUGUUGCUCUUUGCAGCCUAGGUAUUUGGGUUUGUGAAGAACUAGUGCAUGAAUCCCAUCAUCCACAGAUUAAGGAAGCACUGAAUGUAAUUUGUGUCUCAUUAAAGUUUCCAAAUAAAACAGUGGCCCAUGUGGCUUGCAACAUGCUGCAUAUGCUGAUCCAUUAUGUCGAAAGACUUCAGAUUUACCAGCCUGAUUCCCCCUUAAAAAUUAUUCAAAUCCUGAUAGCGACUAUUACUUACCUUUUACCUAGUACCGAAGCCUCACCUUAUGAAAUGGACAAGAGGUUGGUAGUAUCCUUGCUUCUGUGCCUAUUGGAUUGGAUCAUGGCCUUGCCGCUCAAGACACUGCUUCAGCCAGUUCAUACUUCUGUUGGAGAGAAUAAUAAAACUGAAAAGUCUGUCCUCAACUGCAUUUACAAGGUGCUUCACGGUUGUGUCUAUGGUGCUCAGUGUUUCAGCAAUCCGAAGUAUUUUCCUCUAAGCCUCUCUGAUUUGGCAUCUGGCGAUUAUGAUCCUUUCAUGCAUUUGGAAAGUCUGAAAGAACCCGAGCCUCUGCACUCGCCUGAUUCAGAGCGAUCUUCUAAACUCCAGCCCGUCACGGAAGUUAAAACUCACAUGCAGCAAGGAUUAAUCUCCGUUGCAGCACGGACGGUCAUAACCCAUCUGGUGAACCACUUGGGCCACUAUCCAAUGACCGGCGGUCCCGCCAUGCUAACGAGUCACGUUUGUGAAAACCAGGACAAUCCUUACACUGAAAGUUCAGAACUGUCCCCUGAGCUUUUUGAGAGCCCAAACCUCCAGUUCUUCGUGUUAAACUCCACCACCUUAGUGUCCUGCAUCCAGAUCAGAGCAGAGGAGAAUAAACCCGGAGGAGGAUUAUCUGCUGGGCUCGCGUCGGCAAAUUCCAGCGUCCGAAUUAUAGUGCGGGAUCUGUCUGGGAAAUACUCUUGGGACUCUGCGGUCCUGUAUGGGCCGCCCCCUGCGAGUUCCUUGUCAGAACCGACAUCUCUGGUACUGGCAGCGGCUCCCCAAGAGAAGCCGGAAGAUACCCCACCUUAUAACGAAUGCUUAGAGGAUGCAGCUGCGAGAGAUGGACUCAACCUCCAGGAUAAGCGGAGGUUUAGAGACACUGUGCCAACUUGGGAUACAAUAAGAGAUGAAGAAGAUGCCCUAGAUGAACUCUUGCAGUAUUUAGGGGUCACAAGUCCUGAAUGCCUGCAGAGGACGGGAGUGUCGCUUAACAUUCCCGCUCCUCAACCUAACUGCAUCUCUGAAAAACAGGAAAAUGAUGUCAUCAACGCCAUCCUGAAGCAGCACACGGAGGAAAGAGAAUUUGUCGAGAAGCAUUUUGGAGACUUGAACAUGAAAGCCGUGGAGCAGGAUGAACCGUUACCCCAGAAGCCUCAGUCGGCUUUUUACUAUUGCCGAUUGCUUCUCAGUAUAUUGGGAAUGAAUUCCUGGGACAAGAGGAGGAGCUUUCAUCUAUUGAAGAAAAAUGAAAAGCUUCUUCGAGAGCUGAGAAACCUCGACUCCAGACAGUGCCGGGAGACUCACAAGAUUGCAGUAUUUUAUGUUGCCGAAGGUCAAGAAGACAAGCACUCGAUCCUCACGAAUACUGGAGGAAGCCAAGCAUAUGAGGAUUUUGUGGCAGGUCUUGGAUGGGAGGUAAAUCUGACAAACCACUGUGGUUUCAUGGGAGGAUUACAGAAAAACAAGAGCACUGGCCUGACUACUCCAUAUUUCGCUACCUCUACAGUGGAAGUAAUGUUUCACGUAUCAACCAGGAUGCCUUCCGACUCUGAUGACUCUUUAACAAAAAAAUUGAGACAUUUAGGAAACGAUGAAGUGCACAUCGUUUGGUCGGAGCACACUCGAGACUACAGAAGAGGAAUUAUCCCCACCGAAUUUGGUGACGUCCUCAUUGUUAUAUAUCCAAUGAAGAACCACAUGUUCAGUAUCCAGAUCAUGAAGAAACCCGAGGUUCCAUUCUUCGGCCCGCUUUUUGAUGGUGCUAUUGUGAAUGGAAAAAUCCUUCCCAUAUUGGUCCGGGCCACAGCGAUCAAUGCAAGCCGGGCGCUGAAAUCGUUGAUCCCAUUAUACCAAAACUUCUAUGAGGAAAGAGCACGCUAUCUGCAGACGAUCGUGCAGCACCAUCUAGAACCAACGACUUUCGAGGAUUUCGCGGCGCAGGUUUUCUGUCCGGCUCCCUACCACCACUUACCAUCCGAUGCCGGCUCCCACCCAGAGGCUCUGCCCGGCGAAACGCCAGCCGCAGCGCAGAUGGACGGGACCGACUUAGCUUCUCCGAUGUCCCCGCGCACGAGCAAGAGCCGCAUGUCCAUGAAGCUGCGCCGCUCCUCGGGCUCCGCCAAUAAGUCCUAGGCGGGCCGGUGACCGCGGCGGCCACUCAUCUCCCAAUCGGCGUUCCCCUUCCCACGCACGCACCCCUCCGCGCCUUCAUUUUAAAAAACGACACUGGAAUUUUAUCUCUAAUGGAACGUUUUAGCCCUCUGGUUGGUUUCGAGUUCUUUUUAAUCCCGCUCCAGGCUGCCACGGGUUCUCGGUGCAGUUUCUCUCCUGCACUUUUUACCUUCCCCGCUGAUUGCGUCCCAGGAGCCACUUUUAACUCCCCGGCUAACAUGGGGCCAUGAUGUGGUGUGGAGAAAGGGUUCUCACUACAUUAUUUAUUAUGCCUAUCUUUGUGUCUUUCUUGGCGAGAUAAAUAUGUACGACUUUUUUUUUUAAUGUAUUAUUUUAAAUUAAAAGCAUUUCUUAAGGCUCGGCAACUAGCCCGAACUGGUUCGUGGCGGGAUGUGUACAGAUUAUUUGUUACAAAAGUGAGAUGCUAAGGGAUCCAUUUCUCUUCAGUGUUUCAGAUUCCCCCUGAAAUGGCUUAAAAGUUCACCUUUUCUUUCCAGACACAGGGCUCGUUUCCCAACUGGGCAGGUGAUGCCAUGAUAGAUGAGAAAACCAGAAAAAUGACUGACUGUGUUGGAGGGCUGGCACUGGCUCCGGCCAUUUAGUUUUGAGGUUGGGCCCAUCACCGGCCUACCGGAGAGAUGUCGUGUUUUUAUUCUUUCUUACAUACCAAAAAAGCACUUUUCCGAUGUAAAAUGCAUUGCUCCCGUUACCCGUGUACCACUGAGAGGGAACAUCGUCCAGGAGUCCGGCCCGAGUCCACUCUUGUCCGUCCUGAGGUCACGGGUGCAGUUCAGUACACAUUCCACCCCUCCCAAAGUAUUUUCCCGUAGGAGACGAUCUCCAGUUUGCAGAGGGCUUCUCUCCUAAGGAAAUGCAGCACGGCAUCGGUACAAACUGCAUGUGUAAAUACAUCCCACCGCUGCAUUGAACUAUCAGUUACGUAUUUGUCUUUCAUGUAGUAUCGAAAGGUUUGUAAUGGUUAAGACAUAUUUAAUAAUACAAUAAAAUUAUUCUUACCACCUCC